GGGGUGAAAGCAUCUUGGUAGAAGUAGCAGGACCGGCAUCAUGAGUGAAGCUUCAAACCCCAUGUUUGAUGAGAAAAACAACUUGUCGGCUGCAGUCCACACCUCGGGCGAUCUUUAUGAUGGUGCGGAUGGCGUUGAUCCGUUUGGUGACGUCAUGGAUACCUUGGACUUUGACUUUAAGGCUUUGGAAAUGAUGGCUGAUCAGGCUCAACCUGAGAACGACUCGUACCUUUCCGUGCAGCCCGAUGGUCAAUGGAAGGGUGACCGCCGGCCCGAGGCUACAGAGGAGAGCGGCUAUCUUGCUGUCCAACCCGAGUGGCUCGAGGGACAAUGGGAGCUUCUGAGCUCGCAACCCUGGUUCCGCGGGUCGGACGAUUAUCGCCGUGAUGACGCAACGCGUGAACUCGCCGGACAAGAAGCGGGCGCAUUUGUUGUGCGCAUCUCCUUUUCACAACCCGGUCACUACGCCAUUUCUGCCAAGACAUCUGAAAACAAGAUUGUGUCCAUGCUCAUCCUUCCCACCUGGGCGGGUCCCAACUCAAACGCGCCUGGACAAACGCAAUAUCGCCUCGGUUCUCAAAGCAAGCUGCUCUUCAACACGGUGCCCAAGCUCAUCAAAUACUAUACUGAGAACCCCUAUUAUCAUGGCAAUCGCCUCAAGGGCGACGUGCGGCCCGAGCAGCAGGAAGGCGGCUACAUUGAUGUGACGCCAGUGGAUGUGGAUCCGACAAAGCCCGCGAGCGGUGACGCCGGCGCGACCGAUGCUGGCUACCUUGACAUGUAGAUCAUGUUUCCUUUCGUUCUCAGGGAGACGCUAUGCUUGUCUCGAUCUUGCCCCGGGGGUGGGAGUAGCCGUCUCUUAUUCUUGACAAGACACAUCUUCUCGAUUAUUUCUUCUUGUUUUCUUCAUACUGCUUCCUGACGUUUUGGUUUUGUUUAAAUCAUUGUUUAUUGCCCAAACCCUCUUUUGCGUCCUCACACUGUGACGAGUCCUCGUGUGUUUGUGUGUGCGCGGGCAAGAGUGGUCAAAUGGUCUGCAAGAAUCGAUACCAUGCUUGC